AUGCCUCCAAAGCGAACGAGGGCGCGUGCUGCGGAGACCCCCGCCUCUAAUGUGCCGCUCCCCCCGCGGCAUGCAAGGGCGGAAUCCGACAGCGGCGACUCCACGGCACCCCCUGCACAGCGCCGAAGGGCGGAAGAGGCACCUGCACGACAACGCUGGACCCUCACCAGUACGGUGGAAGAAGUGCUGCUUGGGGGAGUAGGGCCAAUUCGUGACAUUAAAUUGAACGAUUUCCUCCGUGAUAAAUUAAGCGGCAGAGGAGUCGUGGAGGCCAACGAGAAUCUCUCUAUGAAUGCGUUUGCUCGUAGGCCUGAGAGGUACGUCACGGACCCGGAGCUCCGCGAGGACAUUCUAAGUUUACCAGAGUAUCAGACAGAGUAUCCGCGCCGGGAGGACGCACGCAAGCUGCGUGCGGAUGCACGCAAUCUAAUGGAGCAUAGAGUGGGUACGCUCCAAGACUGGAAGGAAUUUGAUCAGAAGAACAUUGUCUCUGCUAUUUCAAGGACAAAACUCCAAUCAGCCCUUGCCGCAGCGGAGAAGGCAGAAAGUGCAACUCGGAUUCAGGCAGUUGGCAUGCUGCCGGUACCGAAUGGAUUCUACGACUCUGUGUUCAACGCGAAGUGGAGUCACGUCUUGGAGUUUCCCGAGGGCGAGGGGGAAGAAAUGGAGGUGCGAAUGGAGGUGAAGGAGGGCCAACGGCCAACGCAGUCGUGGCAAUACACGCGGAAGGGCGCAAGGUUUUCACCGGUGGGCGGUGCACAGCAGUUUCGUGCACCGCGUCCCAGGCUGAUUGUGCUAACCUCUGAGAAGGGCUGGCCGUACCCGCUAAGGCAGGGAAAAACCAUUGCCGACUGCUACGUCACCCGUGAGGUGGAGCGGGUGUGGCGAAUUGUCAAAGGCGAUUUAGACGGAGCGUUCGGCCCUAGAGGUCGAGAGGAUCCUGACUUGAGGCGACGUCUCUUGAUUGGGACGCCGGGGAUAGGUAAGUCGAUGGCCGCCGGCUCUUACCUCCUCCACCAGAUGCUCCGCCACGAUGAUACGAAACUCCAGGUAGUUGUCUACUGCUUUGGAGCAGGGCUGGCAUACGUGUUUGACAAG